GAAACUUUAGGGAAUAUUUACAGGAAGACAACAGCCUAUCAAAAUGACGACUACAUCAAUAAUGUAUUCUGUCGCCAUGGCAAUGCUUAAUGCUACUGCGGAACCAUAUUCCGAACCGGAGCCAGAACCGGAAUCCGAACCCGAGCCUGAACCGGAGACGAUCAUGGGUAGCAUGGAGCCGGAGCCGUGGAUAACCGGUAUGUUGUCUGGCGAGCCGUUUGCUGAGAUUUCAUCGGAACCGGUGGCAGAACCGGAACCGACAAUGAACUUUUGUGUGCAGGUCAUCCUCGCCCUCAUCGCCGCAAUCAUCCUCGUGGUCGGGACGGUCGGUAACGCACUCGUUAUCGCCGUCAUUUCCAGAAUGAGAGCGGAUCGAACGGUUACAGAAUUAUUCCUCCUCUCCCUUGCCAUUGCUGAUGUAUUUGUUUGUGUGAUAUGUACUCCACUCAUCAUCGUUGGUAUCACAGUUCAACAAGGGCAUACUGGUGUCUCAUACAUCGUGGAGCAGGUCAUGUUCUAUUUUUCAUCCGUUGCUUCAAUCCUGAGUCUAUCUGCAAUCGCUCUAGACCGCCACGAUGCUGUCAUACAUCCUAUGUCUAGGAGACUCAACAUCCAGCGCUCAAAACAGGUCCUCGUGGUCAUCUGGUUGAUAUCGAGUGCAGCAGCUGUCACCAUCUUCUUCAUACCCCAGAAGUACGAGUUCGCCGUCCUGGCCGUGUUUUUCAUCGUCCCCCUCGUGUUCAUGGUCGCCUGCUAUUACCGGAUCGUCCGUGUAGCCAGGCAGGCUGCGUCGAGGGUGAGGAAAGCCAGCGAGGCGGGAAUGAGAAAGACUACUAAAAGUCCGCCUCGUAUGGACAAGACACUUCGUAUGGUGAUCGUCGUCCUAGUCAUCUUCGUCAUUUCUUGGUUACCAUCCCUCAUCAGUCGCCUCCUCAAGUACACCAUGCCGAUGACAGCGGGUCAGAAGGCGACCAUGGAAGUCACUGCGUGCCUCAUCGCCUACGCUGGAAGCGCGCUCAAUUUCGUCGUCUACGCCUUCAUGAGUCGGAAAUUCCAGCGCGGACUUAUUACGCUCCUCGGCUGUCAACGUUAUUUCAAUCGCAAAGUCGACCCAGACACCAAACCCAAGAGCGACAUCGGCAAGACGUGCAUCCACCUCGCCGUCGAGGUCCCUGUCGACGACGACCAGGAGAAGAACACAGGGUACAUGACAUACCCUUCGAUCUCAUCGAGGUCGAGAGACGUGAAUGAAAAACAUCUCUUAUAAAACGAUAAAGAAGAUGGCAUUUUGACUCUGUGAAUCAUUGAUCUUUUACCCUACUGACAUGACUGAAUUCGAAGAUCGUGAGAUGUGAAAUCGGUGGCGCCCUGGCUCUGAAAUACGUGACAUAAUUAUAUUCUGCAAGACGAAUUCGUUUAGCGCGUUCUAUAAAGAAUGCGUCACUUCUUAACACAGAGACCGAUACAUCAAAAUAAGAGUUUCCUUUGACACAUAAGUGACGUCAUUGGUGGAAGAUAUUUUCGGACAUGAAGAAAUGGACAUCUCGAUUUGAUAGAAUUAAUGUAUGGAGCAGUUGCAACGGCAUUGCUUGAAAAAAAAAUCAAAUAUUGACGCUCAAAAAAUGGAGAACCUUGUAAUGAGAAAAUCCAGGCUCUCCACAUGUAAAUAUGACAAAUCUUUGACGGCGACAAAGUGUAUUUGGCAUAUUUAGGGCAAAUCAUUGGAGGGAACAUUGAUUAUCAAAACAACGACAGAAUAUGAUUUCCAAGGUAAUCUGUCGCCAUUAUGUACACCAAAAGACUGUAUUUGAAUGCUGCAUGCGUCAGUGUCAAUUCACUUGGUUCUUGUUAUAGCAUUAAUGCAAAUAGAAGUUUAAAGGUUGAUAGUAAUAAUUAUAUUACAAUGUUGUUUAAUAUUAUUGUUUCUUCAAAGUGAUUUAAAUAGUGGUGAAUUUUGGGAAUUCUAACAGAUAAAAAUGAAUGUAAUUCCAUUUCAUAUUUCACCAUGUAGUUAUGGCUGCAAGGAUAUCACGUAUUUUUCGUAGAAUAUAUUUUUGAAAUGAAAAUUGAAAAUUUGAAGUAAAUAAAAUUCAUUGUUGAAUCAUUUACAUUUGAUAUUUGAUUAUUUUCAAAGCAUUAUUUUUAUUUACGCAUUGUGUAUAACGAAUGUCACCCUUUUCAAAAACUAACCUACGUUGUAUAAGCCUAUCACUGAGUAAACCGAAACAAAAAUUUGUUGAUACGAAGCUGUACUCUUAAAAGAACGAUCAAAUAAGCAUAAUUGAUGUCAGGUCAAUGUUAUUUCACGAAGCUAUUUGAUUGCAAAUUGAAUAUAUAGUGUCACCAUCAUUAUCAUAAAUAUACAGUGCGUAUAAAAAAAAAACGGGACAGUUUUGAAAAGUCUAUAAAAAAUUUGUUUCAAAUUAUUAUAUCUAUAUUUUGAUGUUAAUAGAUGCUCCUAGAUCUUAUCUUUCAAAUGCCAUUUAAAAAAAUAAAUUUUGUUCAUGCUUGAGCGAACACGAGCCGUUUUUGUCGGGGGCUCAAAAAGAGGCUUGCGCCAAAAUGGCAGAAAAUAGAAAUUUGAUGAUUAGACUUUUGGCUAAUCAGCAGACUUCUUCUUAUUCUUUUCAUUAUUUUUGCCAUAAUUUUCGAAUUAUGUUGUCAAAUUUCAUUGACAAAUUUAUUUAUUUACCUGAACUAUUUUGUUUUUCAUUUAAACUUCUUUAACCUUUGAAUUUUCCUUCAUAAGUAAGAAAUGAAGACUUUUUGUCAACCCAUACAUAAGAAGAUUUGCAUUAAUAAUUGGGAGAAUUUGUAAUUAUUCAAACAUUUUAUUAUAAGAAACAAAUCAUGUUUUGGUACCUAUAAAAGACAUGAAUCAUAUUUUCAAGGGGUUAUUGAAUCCUUCACGAAGUUUAAUGUGCUUGACAGGAUAAACAGGAAAGGUAUCAUGUCUUUCAACGGCAAUGAUGUAUUGAGUCAAUUUAAUGGAGCCAGAUAUGGCAGAUCGGGUAAAAUGUAUUAAAAAGUUGUGCAACGAGCAAACAAGAAUUUCCACUUUUUUAUUAAAAUGUCAAAUUUUGUGAUUUU